AUGUGCAGUCAUGGUUAUGCUGAUUAUGUGGCUGUUCCGACACUCCAUUUCCUUGUCAAGAUACCCGAUUCCCUUUCGAUGCAUGUUGCUUCGAUUCUGCCAGCCGGAGCCACGUGGGCGUUAAGUGCUGUGCUGCAGGCUCGCCCAAUUGUCGACGCUUUCGCACAAUCGAAGGGAUUCUGUAACAUUUUGAUCGUUCAAAGAAAAAAAAAUUCACCUCCAUACUUCUCUGGUUCCUGA